GGGUUCAGAGUCAUGCAGAUAAUUUUGUCUUCUCGUAACAGAGUCGCAGAUCCAGUAACCCAACAAAAACCAGCUGGAAGGAGUAGCAAGCCCUCUCUCGGUGGAUAUAGUACAACAUCGAGGGAGUGACUGCCUGUGUCCCAGCCUGUCACACGUGCUUGCUGUAACAGGAGGGAGAACUGAGACUGAGAGUGGGAACCCAGUGCCCAAGUGGCUGAUCACUUUUGGACCAUGAAGCUUAGUGUGGCAUUGUUUUUUGCUGGGCUCUUUGGAGCUUUGGCUGCCGUCUUCAUCCUGUUUUCCUUUGGAACCGAUUACUGGCUGCUGGCUUCAGAGGGCUGCCAUUCAAGCCCUGAGAAAUCUUAUGAGGAGGAUCAUGGCAAAAACAUUACUCUGUACCAUGAAGGUUUCUUCUGGAGAUGCUCUUUCAGAGGCAGCGUCGACGAAAACCACCUGAUAACGAAGCUGUGGUUCACAAACCAGCCUCAUUUGAAAGAAUGUCAGCCUGCAUACCUAUUCCCAUUUCCGGUGUCUUAUCAGACCCACAAUGCCACCGAGUAUGAUCAUGCAAUAAUCUACAGAGGUUUCUGGAGCAUCUUUAUGCUCAUUGGUGUGGCUGCAGUCAUUCUGGGUGGGUUCUUCAUCAUCUGCGCUGCACCGUUCGCAAGUCAUCGCCUAUACAAAGCUGGGGGGGGUUUCUUCUUGGUGUCUGGCCUGUUCCUGCUGUGCGUGGUGGUGAUGUACGUGCUGUGGCUUCAGGUUUUGGAUGUCCUGGAUGUGUAUAUCAGCCGCCAGCGUUCCUCUCUGUGUCCAGGCUUUCAACUGUCCGUCAGCUACGGGUUGUCCUUCAUGUUUGCACCCGUUGGCAUCUUCUUCUGCCUCGUGGCCGGCCUUCUCUUCCUCCUUAUUGGACGAACUGUUCGGGUCCACCACCACUGAGGAGUUUCAGUUUUAUAGCCGGAUUUUUGUACUAUCACAGUGUUCCUGCAACAAGCCCACCCCCUGCCGACAUGUAUGUUAAGACUUCAAUGUUUUGAAAACUCUGGUCACCUGUUCAGAGAGGUGACCAGAGAGAACUAUUCAAAAAUUACAUCUGUAAUGUGCCAACCUGAGGCUCUUUAGCAGAGCUUCAAAAAGCUAUCAAUCAAAAAGUAAAGGACAUGCAUGCAUUCUUAUUUUAACCUUUUAUGCUCUGUGCGUUUUGGAAAAUUAAAAUUGUGAGGAGAAAUGCUGCAAAUGAAAGUUCAACAAGGGUUAGAAGAGUGGAAAUACUUUUUUAUACUUCACAGUAAAAUGUUUCUUAUUUCUGAGACUUCUGGGUUUAAUGUUUUGAAUAAUAUCAGAUAUCAAGGUUUGAAAAAUGAGUUUGACGUACUUCAGAUUUUCAUCUUUUUCUUUAUUAUUUUUGUUGCUCCUUUGGUCAUGCAGUGCUCCCCAUAUUACAGCGUAAACUAUGACGGUUCUGGUUCUUAAAUGAUUGUCUCGGCACUGCUGUCACAUUUGUAAAUGAAGCAACAGUUUUAUGUUGAUGAUGUGACACUCUUUUGCUGUUUAGAGUGUGUUCUCAGGUGUGUUAUUUGAAAUUGCUGUGACAAAUAAAGACAAAUAAAUAUAAUUUUGUCAUUUAAUGCUGUUUGGCUCUUACAAUGUGAGCAUAAAUAAAAAUCAUUGAAACAA